AUGCCAUGGGACCCCCAGCAGCCUACCAAGCCCAUGGCAGGGCAGGGCCCCCUGUCAGAGCAGGGGACAUCCAGCCAAUACACUGGCUUCCAGCCAGCGACCCGCAAUGGAGUGCAGGGUGGAUACCCAGACAGAGAAGAGAGGGGAAGGCGGAGGCAGGAGAACGCUGAGGAGCUGCUGCGGGGUGACGCAAGAUCGGAGCCCCAAACUCCCCCUGUUCCCGCGGCCGGUAGCCCAGGCAGAGGGGGAGGCCACGACCCGGGAGCCGCGCUAAAGAGAAAAAGCCGCCCCGCAGAAGUCGGCUCCUGUCUGGAAGGCAGUCGCGUCCACCUGUCCAGCCUGCGAUGCUUCUGGCUGUCAGAUAAAACGUCUACGUGGUCUGAGGCGUCGGCGUCUUGUCGAAAGACUCACGGAGGGCGUAUUGCAGCUGCUGAAACAUUAGAGCUGCAAAAUUUCCUUCACCACGCCUUCCCAGUGAAAAGCACAGUUUGGGUUUGGAUUCAAGGAAUAAGUGACAACACACCGGAUAAAGUUGUGGAGUCCGCAAGUCCUGCGUGGCGAGAUGGAAACGGUGACAAACAGGAAAUGUGCACUCAAAUUGCUUUGGGAACAACUGGACAGUGGAGGAUGACCCCGUGUGUUAGAAAAUACCACUUCCUUUGUCAAAAUGACUUAAAUGAGUCCUUACCGGACCCAAGCAGUUACGUGGUGGGAGUGGUUCUGAUGUCUGGCAUCUACCCUCAGGCCCAGAUAGACACUUUAACUACUGUCCCUGAUGUUGAACAACUUGUAGUGGAGAUGCAGUUGUUCCCAGGCUUGUGGUUCAGUCAUGCAGGUCAAGUCACAUCACUGGAACUGGUGGUCCAGCCCAGCUCGACCUCGUCUCUGGCCCGUAUUCAAAUCCUUCGGCCCUACUGUACUCCCAACUAUCACUUAGUACCACCAGGUUGCACUUCACUGAUAAAUCCAUUUAGCUGCUGCUCAAGGGUUCCACUGUGCAACACAACAGGCGGGUGCAGCACGGGCCAGUACUGGUGUCACAUUCUAGAAUCUUGCCUUCCUACUAGUAGUCCCUGUUCACCAUACGUCUCAGCGGCAAUGGGACGUGGCUUUACGUUGCCACCCCGAUACCCAGCCAUAGCACCUUUUUACCACUUAGUAGCUGACAUACCGUUGAAAAUAAGCCCCAUCUCACAACUGCAAACUUCAACUGUUCUUCUUCCAGUAGGAGCCAUAGUUGUGUACCCUGACGAUAUUGUUGCCGUUCAACACACCCGUAAUCCUGGAACCUUUCUGCACUGCCAUACCAGCGAAGCACCCCUAAAUUCUCCGUGGCAACAGAGUUACCUAUCUCUUCGUGGGACAGAGUGGGGAGGCUGGUUCGAGGGAGGCCUCACUUUCAUGCCCCAAGGUGAUCACUGGGUCGACGGCGUAGUAUGUGAUCUCAGGUUGCUUUAUGCAGACACUCUUCACGGAGGUACUGAGCACGAGCAGAUUUCAGAAACAACCACACUGUCUUCCACAAAGACCCUCAAUAAUGUGCAAUCUACAUUCGGGCUGAAGAUCAUCCAUCCUCCACUGGAUGAAAAGAACCAGAUUCACGUCCAAAUUAACGUUCCGACCCCCAUGGUUGUCAUGGUACUGUCCGGAGAGAAAACCUUGUGUUCGAUGUCUUCUCCGGUGCUCCAAACUGGGCUCCCCUUUAGCCAAACUUGCCCCAAAAUCCUUUCCGAAUGCAAGACGUAUUCUGAGGAUGCGUGGUUCUCCUCGGUGACUUUAGUUUUGUCCUCAGUAGGGGUUCAGACUCUGAAUGUCAGCGUGGCAGAUGCUGUUAGCUCUCAGAGUAUGAAUAUAACGCUGUGUAGCUAUGAGGCAGUGUCAGGACUCAGCGUGGAGCCACGAGGACACAGGAGGAUGCUCGUGGAUGUUCCUCAGUCAUUUACAGCCCAAGUGGAGAGUGGUUCUUCAGUGACAUUCUCAUGGGUGAUUGACAACUUGGAGUCUUUUGUAUAUGAAGGAGAAUCUUACAGUGUCGUGUUUAAGAAACCUGCUGAGUACAAACUCAAGAGCGAGCAACUCCUCCUAACAGUAGAUGAAAUCCACCCAUUGGGUGAGCCUGAGUUCCUGUUUGUCAGGGAGGUUGUAGCUGUGGGUACUUGCCAUCUCUUUACCCUCAGGCUCAAAGUGGACAUUGCCUUGCCCACUACCUUCAGAUGGAAUUUUGGAGAUGGUAGCAGUACCGUUGUCCAUACCGAACCUGCUCCAUGUGACACUAAUGAAUCGCUAGCUGACAAAACACAGACACAAGUGUACGUGCAGCACUCUGUCAACUUCACCUAUUCUGGACCAGGCAACUACCAUCUUCAAGUGGAAGUUACCAACCAAUACGAAAAAGUGGAAAAGUCUACCAAGAUAAGCGCCCGCCCUUUGCUAAAACGGCUUUUUCUCAACUCCUCUGCUGCUGUGGCCAUAGUUAACCAGACUUAUCUUCUGGAAGCCUGCACUGACCCUGUCGAUGACGACGUCUUCUACACAGUAGAUUUUGGUGAUAAAUCCAACGUUGCCCAAAGUGCUGACCACAAAGUUAAGCACACCUUCACUUCUGCGGGACAAUACAACGUCACAGUGUUUGCUAACAACACUCUUUCAAUGCUUACUACCUGGCUCAUGGUGGAGGUUAUAGAGAAAAUAACUGGACUAAGUGUCAAUUGCAACGCUCCCAGUGAGUUGGGCUCUAUUACAGAUUUCGUCGCUACGAUCGCAACUGGUACGAGACUUAUUUGGGACUUUGACUUUGGCGAUGGAUCAGAGCGGAGAAACCUUACGGACGGCUCAGUUUCACAAACCUAUAAGUUUGCGGGGAACUACACAGUGCGGGUUAAUGUCUCUAAUUCAUUUAGCCGUGCCCACCAAUUUAUCAGCGUGCUAGUCUAUAGGUUGACCGUUAUAGGAGUUACGCCAACGGAGUGUGUCGUGACGGGUAGAACUACAGUGUUUUCUGCUUUGGUGAAUGGAAACGCAUCCAUGCUGGUUUUCUCUUGGCUUUUUGGUGAGGGAACAACUGCAACUGUGGUGACAGGGCGAUCCACAGCUAGGCACAUAUUUUCCAGUCCAGGGAUUUACCAUGUUAACCUAACUGUGAAAAGCAUUUCUACUACAGUGGCAUAUAACACCACUGUCUGUGUACAAACAGCAAUUACUGCCAUGUCAGUGCAAUCAUCUCAAGAUAUAGCAGCCACAGGAGAAGAAGUAUGUUUCAGGGUAUCAUUUUCUCCAGAACAGAGAACAAUUAAUCAAUUUAAGUGGAUGAGUAGCUUUUCCAGUCAAGCUGUUGUCACAGAACAUAGUCGACAAUGUUUUAUCUUUCGAGACGAAGGCCUUCAAGAGGUAUCCGUGACAGCGAGUAACAAUGUAAGCAGCAAAACGGCAAAAGCUAGCGUCACCGUUCAAAAACCUGUUAGCGAUUUCGCUAUGGUGCACGGCAGUGACAUUGUCACUGUCAAUUUAUCAUCACCAUUUUGGAUUGCUAGUUACACUGGCAGCAACGUGUCUGUGAUUUGGGAUUUUGGAGACGGUUCCCCGGCAGAGGAGACGCAAAAUGCGUCGCAUGUCUUUACCACAACGGGUGAAUUCACAGUCACCGCCACGGCAUUCAACGCGGUAAGUCGAGAAACUGUACACCGGAAAGUGAAUGUCCUGCAUCCUAUUUCAGACUUUAGCCUUCAAAUCAAACAGCCGUUCAGUGUGGUUAGAGAAGAAACUUUAAUCACAGCAGUUAGCAGCGAUCAGAGGAGCAGUACCACCUUCUAUUGGACGGUGGACGGUUUGGUUCCAACGCAGCAGGGAUCGCGGACAUUUCGAUUUGUUUUUCUCAAAGCCGGACAUUAUAGAGUGAGGUGUACAGCCCAGAACUUGGUGAGCAAAAGGGAUGCUGUGAUUUUAGUUGAAGUCUUUGAGAGAAUAGAAGGUCUUCACAUAGAUUGUCCUAGAUGGGCAAAUAUGACGUUCAUACCAACUCAUGAGGAUGUGGUGUUUUUCGCUUCAGCCACCAAAGGCUCUAAUGUCACAUAUACGUGGCUAGUUAAACAAAGUACAAUAAAGCAUCCCAUUACAGCUGAUGGAGAACGUUUUCAGUUGGUAGUUGAAACUCCCGGAAGGCUUACAAUUCAGUUAAGUGCCUCGAACAAAUUAGGUGAGACCACCAGCGUUGCUUCUCUUGUGGCUGUGGAACGUGUAACAAGUGCCCACAUGACAACACAGACAAAUACGGUGGCGUUGGGGAAGUUUCUCAACAUUUCAGUGUCAGUUUCUACUGGUUCUGACCUGAAGUACCUUUGGUUUGUGGACAGCCAUCUUCAACCCUUUGAGACGGAUGCACCUUUUCUUCUUCACAGGUUCGCAAGUUUAGGAGAUCAUUUCAUCAAAGUUUUUGUACAGAACAGUGUCAGUCAAUGUCACGACACUAAAAUCUUUAAGGUCCAACAGGAGAUAGAAGACGUGGACUUUAGCAUUGGUGACAAGAUGUUUCCGUUUCACAUGAGCACAAACGCCACUCGGUCAUUCCAAGCGGUUGUCCGCAAAGGCAGCGAUCUGCAUUGGGAUUGGAAAAUUAGCAGUGUCCUAGCCACCAUUUUUCAGUCCACCAACCAUACAUUUACCUACACUUUUCUUCUUGAAGGCAUUUACAGAGUGUCUUUGAAUGCCUCCAAUGCAAUUAACUGGCAGGAGGUUACACAUAGCGUGACUAUCCAGGAUCAAAUAGAAGGUCUAAACUUAAACAUUACCAAAGAUAUUCUCUGCGUUCAGGAAGAAGUUACUUUCAUACCAUCAGUCAAGAGAGGAAGCAAUGCAAGUUUUCUUUUGGUUUUUGAAAGUAAAGAUUGGAUCGGUAGUCACAAUGUGCUUAACGGAUCGUUCACCACAUCAGACCUUCCAGUAGGGAUAUGUAAAGUUAAACUGACAGCUCGGAAUCAGGUGAGCAGUGCACAAAUGUCAACCCACGUCAAAAUCAUGGAGAAUAUAAAAACAUUGCAACUCUUAAGCCCCGCCCUACACUCUAUAGAGGCUAUGAAGGAGGCUAAUUUUACCAUGGGUGAUCAAAAUGAGUUUCCAGUUAACUACACCUGGAUAUUUUACUUAGAAGAUACAGAACCUUUGCGGCUCACUGGAAAGGAAAUCAUCUUCACUCCACAAGUGAAUGGUUCAUUGUCGGUAACUGUGCUCGCAAGUAAUGGUAUCUGCUCUAAGAUGCUCAACAAGACUCUGACUGUUGAAAUGCCUGUUAAGGAGGUUCAGCUUUCUCACUCCGGACCAAUAUUUUCUCGACACCCAGUAAUAAUGUCUGCCAAAGUCAAUGGAGGGAGCAACCUGAGAUACGUGUGGACCUUUGGAAAUCCCAGAACAGAGUUGACCACAAGUAUCAAUGCGGUAAAUCACACAUUUGACAAAUCCGGCAUGUACAUAGUCAAAGUCAACGUCUCCAACAGUGUCAGCCACGCAUCUGUGCAAGUACGCAUAAAAGUGGAAGAUUUGCAGUGUUCCAGCCCUCAAGCAUUUCUGAUUCAAAGCCAGCCAACUAUCUUCAGAUCGAGAGUGAGUUUGUUUGAAGCAAGUGUGGACAUUAACUGCUCUGCUUACAAGACAAUGUACCAGUGGGAGAUGUUCAGAGCGUCCGAUUGCAGUAACCUUAAUAUGAAGCCGAAGCAGAACAAAGUGUUUCUGCAUAAUGCAAAGUCACCGUUACUCCGGCUGCCGAAGCAUUCUCUCAGUGUGGGACAGUAUUGCCUUUUGUUCACUGUCUCACUCCAAGGAACCCCUUUGCUCACGCAACAACAAACUGAAGUCACUGUCGUCAGCUCUCCGCUGGUGGCUGUCAUCAAGGGAGGGUCACAUAGACUGUGGCCAAGCAGGCGUGAUCUUGUUCUGGAUGGGAGUGGAUCUCAAGAUCCUGAUGCAGACCUGAGAGCAGAGGAUGCUUUGCAGUAUCAUUGGAGCUGUAGGACAGAGGUAACUGUGUGUGAAACGGCACAACUUCCUGUGCUUGUGGAGUGUGUAUCCUGUCCAGGCCACAGUGCCACCAUCCUGGCUGGUCAUUGUGGAGAGUGUGAUGACCAAGCUCAGUAUAACUGGACUGCUGAGGAUGAGUCGGGCGUGACAGUCAACCUGGAUGAGGUCGUCAGCCCUGCAGGAAGACACUCGUCCAAACUGGAGCUGCGUUCAGAUAUCGUACUGCCAGGGAACAUGUAUACCAUCACUCUCAAUGUGACUGUGCCUGGUAGUGGGAGGUGGGGCAGCGCAAGUCAAACAGUGACACUCAACAAGCCACCUUAUGGAGGUCUGUGUCAACUGAAGACCGAGUCGAACGUUCAUCCACUGGGGACUGUAGUCACGUAUAAAUGCUCAGGGUGGAAAGAUGAGGAAAAGACACCCUCGGAGCUCAUCUAUACUUUUCAGGUUGCACCUUGCCAUCCUGCAGUGUGCCCUGUUCUCACUCUGUACAAGGGCACUCGGUCAGUUUUUGCCACUGUGGUUCCAGUGGGAAGUCCUUUGCAAGGACAAAAUUAUUCUCUUAUCACUGUCACUUUGCUCAUAGAAGAUCAUCUUGGGUCAAGCGUCGUUGGUCUAAACAGAACUCUGAGAGUUCCGACUCAUGUAAACGUGAUGAGAGAGUCUCUUAGGACCAAGAACCAGAUAGAAAUGUGGGCCUUAAUUCAACAUGGCAACCCUCAGGAAAUUAUCCCAUAUUCCAUUGCUCUCACGAGUCAUCUUAACCAGAUAGAUUCUGGGUCAAGUGGGCCGACCAGUGAGCUCAAAAUUAAGAGGCAGAUAAGAGAAAAUGUUACCAAAGCUUUGGUGUCCCUUCCAAUUUCGUCCCUGAUGGACGUUGAUCAGAUCAGCUCAGCGCUAGCCCAGUCCACUGCUGUUCCUGUUGAGUUGACGUGUGUUGGCUGUCAAGAAAAGGUUCUUGAAGCAGUUGGGAAGAUGAUUCAUGUAAUUGAGGAACACAAAGGUUCUGACGGGGCUCGUUCAGUCUUCGACUUAGGAAAGAACAUCCUUAGCAUUGUAGGUAGCUCUUUGGCCGCUACGUCAUUAUCAGCCAUGGGCUCAAGAUCUCAACAGAACGACUCCAGAACUUUGCAAACCGCAUCAUUCGUCACCUUGUCGGCAAUUAGCCAUGCAGGGGCCUUAAUGCGCUCCCUAAUGCCUCGUCCUGGCGAGGCACCCCUUUCGUUCACAACACCUUAUAUCAGUACAGCCGGUUUCUACGGAGACCCGGCCAACCUUCUCUGCUCCAAGCAUUCGGAUCAAACACCCACAAUUCCCUCACCGUUAUCAACACCACCAUGUUCAUUCCAAAUCCCAACCAGACUCGCCACUCAUUUAAAGAGUCAACGCUCAGAGCUGGUGCAGGUGCUUUUAGGUCUGGAUGAGUCUCACUCUUUGCAGGCUGCAGCUCACCCUGCAAUCUCCACCUCUUUGGUUGCCAUGGAGAUCACCACCCCCCAGGGUGAGCCCAUAUCAGUCCGGGAUCUUGAGAAUGACCACGCCAUUCGCGUCACCCUGCACAAUAAGCUUCCUCUGGAGAUGAGGGAUGCAAGACUGGAUGGAAACACCAAUAGUACAUGCCCCACUGUCAAGCUUCCAGCAGAGGGGUGUUUGAAUUUCACAGUAAAAACUGUUGGUGGCCUGGAUGAAAAUUCAGGUUUAUAUAUUUCGUACAACUUCAGCCUCUUGCCAGGAAUUACUUCAGACACUUUGGGCCAUGUCAAGAUAGAAAUGACGAGUGGGUCGCAGGACUCCUUCAUAAACGAGUGGCCAAUCAAUCUUUCGGCUCUGACCACCUUCACAGAGAAAACCGUAUUUCUGUCUCCACUCUCUCUGUGCCAAUACUACAACGUCAAGGAGGGGGGUUGGAGUAGUGAGGGUCUCAAGCCACUGGAAGACACCACACUCCAAACGGUGCACUGCCUGACUCAUCAUCUCACCAUGUUCGGGGCCAGUUUGUUUGUUCAUCCUGGAGCUGUCGUGCUACUCCCACCCGCAGGCAGUCCUGAGCUUAAUGUGCUGGUGGGGAUUGUAUGCGCUGUUCUGAUCCUGAUUCACCUGCUGGUCGGACUCAUUGCCCAUAAACUGGACCACCUGGACAGCCUAAGACUGAGUCAAGUUCCCCUGUGUGGCCGAGCGGGCUUGUACCACUACAGGGUACUGGUCAAGACUGGCUGGAGGCAAGGAGCAGGCACCACAGCACAUGUUGGCAUCAGUUUGUACGGUGUCAACAAGAGCGGCUCUCGCCAUCUGCAAAGGGAUGGGGCUUUUCAACGUGGUAGCCUGGACCAAUUUCAUGUAGAGACAGAUGAGAACUUGGGGGAAGUCUGGAAAAUACGGCUAUGGCAUGACAACACAGGCUUGGACCCGUCCUGGUAUGUUCAGCAUGUGGUCGUCUGGGACCCUGUGACGGACCACAUGUUCUUCUUUCUGGUGGAUGACUGGCUCUCAGUGGAAAAUCCAAAGAAUGGUACUUUGGAGAAAGAAAUCCUGGCCUCAUGUCCUGAAGAGCUUUCCCAAUUCCGGCGAAUCCUGUCCUCACAGUUAAUAUUUGGAAUGGUGGAGCGCCACCUGUGGCUCUCACUCUGGCAACGCCCCAACCACAGUAUUUUUACCAGAGCUCAGAGAGUUACCUGUAGUGCUUUCAUGCUGCACCUAUACCUGGCAUUUGGUGCACUUUGGUACGGCGCUGUUGGUUCUCGUGAGCACAGUGGACCAGUGUCUGCCAAAGUGCUGGUCAAUAUGGAAACUGUAGCAGUGGGAAUGGUCAUUUCAGUUCUGCUCUUUCCUCUCCAGUGUUUGAUCUGCUUUUUGUUCCGAAAAGCCCACAGUCAGGUAGUCAUCGUGGAAUCAGUUCCUCCUUCACCAGUUUGUUAUUCUGUGGAGAUGGACGACUUCCUAGGCCAGUCAGAACGAUCACAACCAUCCUUCUUAUCUCUGUCUGGCACCUCGAGUCGAUUCCGAGACAGUCCCUCAUCAUUGCUGGAGAGCAAAGCUGUUGACUCCAGCAUUCUGGACUUCUGGGCAGCUUCUGGUUUGGUGCCCCAGACGGACGAAGCCCGUCAAGAGGAGAUUGAAACUUCAUGGGCGUCCUGCGACAGCUUACUCAAAGAGUCCAAUGACCCAUGUGAAGCCUCGCUUGCCUUAUGCGCACGCCAACUAAGGAGGAAAAAGGCUCGCAAGCAGCUGCACCUGACCCCACAGACCUCUUCUGACCCACCUGUUGCCCUUCUUCAUCCCAUCCAAAAAGACAAUAUGGACUAUUACUUUCCUCAUGCACAGGAUCAUGAUACUACCAGUCCACACCAGGUUCACAACCACAAUAUGAACACAUUUUUGACCCUUUCCGAGGAGAAUCUGCUGAUGUCAAUAGAAGAAUCAACCAAGGGCACGCGCCAUUUCACCAAAAACAACUCAGACAGUGGUCGGGACUCGCUUACAACAACCUCAUCAUUCUCAAACACCCAGAGCACCUCUUGCAGUAGUUGGUCAGAUCACACUGAAGAUAAAAUCCACCAUGAGCCAAAGUUCCUUAAUUUGGAGACGGAAUCGGGUCCUUCACUAUGCGAGACACAACUCUACAGAUGUCCAUCUGUCCUAUCAAUGGACUCUGUGGCCAGUACCUUCCUGCCAAGUCCUUCUCCUGACUUGACAAGAUGUUCCUCCACCACACGCAUCGGUAUCGCUCGAGGUCGGCCCAGCUGGCUGUUUCCAUCCUGGGUGUUGUGUGUCAUCUACCCACUCGUGGCUGUUUUGAUUGGAACCUGCCUCGCUUUGGUUGGAAUCUAUGGCAGCCUCUUCUCCAGAACAGUUGUUCUCAUGUGGCUUAUAUCGGCACUGUCUGCUUUUCUCACCUCUGCUCUUUUGCUGGAACCUUUCAAGGUGUGCAUUCAGGCCUUGAUCUACACUGUCAUUUGGCGACCUGUGGAUCCAGAGGUUGAGGACCAACUAGCCCAGGAGACCACCGUGGCGAGGGCUUUUGGAGAGCAAGGUGGGAAGGUCCGCCCGCCCUGCGGCUAUGGACUGCUUCAAGCUAAGGAGGAGGCUCGGAAAGUCCGCGCACUGAGGUCCCUCAUGAAGCAUUGUGUUUUCCAGCUUCUAUUUCUGUUGCUGGUGCUCAUGGUGAACUACCAGGACAGUGUGGAAAGAAGCCAGGGAAGACUGUUGCAUUCCACUGUUAGACGCCAACUUCACAAGGCUGCCCAGGGCGUCCCCAACCUGACAUCUAUUAGAAACUGCUUGGAUGCAGAACAGUGGAUAAACAGCACCUUGGUGACAUUUUUGCACCAGAACCCCUUGCUUCACCUGGUGGGGUUGCCACAGCUCCGGUAUGCACACACUCAGGGCCGUGCGCAAAUCACACUGGGAAACAGCACUGUGGCGACACGCCGAGCCCUUGCUGACAUUCACACGGGAGCUUUUUGCAAUAAGCAGCUCAAAGGCCUUUCUUUGGAUUUUACUCAGUACCAUAGAGAGUCUGGUUUAUUCCUGUGUGUGUCCAUCCAGUUAGAUUGGGUGCCAAGAGUCACUUCUUCCCUUUCUAUCUAUCCGUUCUUCAUCCCAUCACCGCAUAAAGGCUUGGACCUCCAUCUGGCCCUGAUGGUUUUCCUUCUCAGUUCUGCUCUUCUCAUCUUGUUGGGGGAAUGGUGGUCGGCGUCCCAUGAGCGCGCUCAGUAUCUGCGUCAAAGCAAACACUGGCUACAGCUCCUGCUAGCUGCGUUAUCUCUGGCGACAAGUGUGCUACACCUCUGCUAUCGCUCCCAGGCUUUUUUCUGUCUUUCCCAGCUGAGGUCCCAACCUGACAGCUUCAUCUACUUCCAUGGCCCUGCCCUAAUGACUCAGAUGUCUUCUCAAUCUGCAGCUUUCUUACUCACGUUUCUGGUCCUAAAGCGUCUCCCAGAGGGGAGCAGUUCAAACACCUGGAAACCAGGAUGUGAGCUGUCUUUGAGGAUGUUUAGAACUCUGCUGAGGCACCAGGAGGACCUCUUCCUGUCUGAGGCAGUGCAGCUCCCAUACCAGGUGGAAAUGCAGUACGUUAACAGGCUCUCAAAGGAUGAGUGGUAUAAGGCCAGCAGCAGCUUCCUAUCCAGCUUGCUCUUCCUGAGGACUCGCAGGAAAGGUCAAUAUGAGAUCUGGACUCCUAUGAACCUGAAGGUGUGGACCCUCUCCACACACUCGCCGUUGAUGUACAGGGGUAGCGGGUCGGUACUAUUCCUCUUGAAGUCCAUGAUGACCUCUUUGGUUUUGGUGGUGUUCAGGGCCAGGUUGUUGUCUGAGCACCAGGCUGAGAGUUUGUGGACUUCCUCUCUGUUGGACUGCUGUCGUAGGUGUAGAGGCAGUACAGGAGGGGGCUCAGCACACAGCCCUGUGCUAUUAGGAACAUUGAGAUUUGUGCGGAGGUGGAUCGUGAUCAUUAGAGUCUUGAACAGAGCUAAGAAGGAGUUGUGGGCCUUAGGUUUCCUCUUGAUGCUACUCUUUCUGUUCAGUACUCAUUUGGGGAAUACGCUUUUUUCACAAUCAGCUGAAGGAUUUUUGCCAAUGCACCAGGUUUUCGUGUCCAUUCUGCGUGUCCGGUUUGGCCUUCAAAGAUUAUGCCGAGUCCACCCUGUCGUUGGCCCUCUCUAUGGACUCCUGCUGAUGAGUGCAAGUGUCUGGCUUUUGGCAAAACUCUUUGGAGCCGUUCUCAUUCAUGCGUACAGAGCUGAAAAAGCAGACAUUUACCGGCCGACGACAGAACCGCAGGACUAUGAAAUGGUGGAGUUCUUCAUUAAGAGGUUGAAACUGUGGAUCGGACUCACCAAGGCUAAAGAAUUCAGACACAGGGUGAAGUUUGAAGGCAUGGACGUUCCUCCUUCCAGAGCCUCCCAGGAAUCCCGUCUUUCUACUCACUAUUCCACCCUUCCAUCUUGUCACUCGCCAUCUUUGUCAUCUUCCUCGUCCUCUCCACGCCCCUUGUCUUCCUCCCUCUCUGUCCUGUCCGAAGACUCUUCACUUUCUGAGCAAGGGUUUGACGUUCAACCUUUCCUGGAGCACCUGCUGCCGUGUGUGAACGCUCUGCUAUCUCAAUUUGAUCGGGUCGCCCAGAUUACUGAAGAAGUGCACCAUCUGGAGGUUGAACUUGAAGAUUUUCUGUGCAGAAGAAAGAAAAGUAGGAUUGGUAACAAGGAGAAAAGUGAGGACGCGGUCCAAAAAACGGCAAAAACAAAAGAUCAGGAGGAUGACGGGAGGACUCAAGGUGAAGUAAGACGCAGGAGGACUGGUUUGCUUUACGCUAAUCCUCCAAAAUCUCUGUCAUCCGUGUUUCCUUUCAUUCCUCCUUCCACAAUCAGCCCCCCUGCCGCAGCGGGCCGACUCUUCCCACGCACACGGAGCUCUCACUCUGAAUCGGAGUCAUUACAUUUGAAGUAUCACAUGUUUAGCGACACAAGUGAAGCUGCAAAUCCUAUAAUAGGAAGUUCUAGUUUGCAUCCUUUACGUUCUCCCGGUUUUGUAAGUUUCCCCAAGAGGAGAGCGUGGCAUUCUGGAAGUUCUCACUCAGCCGAUGCAGCUCAAAGGUUGUGGCUUAAACAAUGUGGCAAUUUUGCUCUCACCUUCAUCAGACCAAAUAGCGAAGAGGGCAUGAGGAGACGUAUCAGUGAUGGGGCACCAAAAAAGAGGAAGGCUUGGAUCUCUGAAGGACCAUAG